AUGGCCCGGAAUAACCGCAGAGGUGGCAACUCUCAAGGACGCGGCAAAGGAAGAGGCAGAGGCCAGCAACCAGAUGGCCGCCAUCCGCACGGCCACCCUACUCCAGGUGUCGUUCGGCGACAGAAGGAGAAGCCAUCCCGAGGCGGAGGCCGAGGUAACAAAGGUGGAGCCCGGAGGCGGAACAACGGGCGAACGAAUGCGGGUCCUUUGCCGGCCUCUGUUCAGACGGAAGUCAGAGAAGAUGGAAUGUUUCGGCAUUCCGAAGUUGAAAAAGCGCAUGGCGACGCCGUGAUGUCCAUCGUCAUGGCAGCAGACUGCAUCUACACAGCCUCCCGCGACAAAACCUUGAAGAGGUGGAAGGUCAACAAGGCAACGUCUGGUAAGUUCGAGCUCGCUGCAGAACUGGAAGUGCCACUUGGAGACGUUUGCUGGUGCCUCAUUAGCGCCGGAGACUGGUUGUUCUGUGGGCUUGGAGAUGGGACCAUCAAGGGCUUCAUGAAGACGGGCGCGGAGACGGUACUGAGGGGCCACACAAAGCGUGUUGGCUGUCUCAUGACGCACGAGCAUGUGCUCCUUUCAGGGGCCUCUGAUGGCUCAGUCAGAUGCUGGCAAAUGAACGUGCACACGCAGACGUUUGAAUGCACGCAUGCCAUCGACGAGGGCAUCUCCGGGGCCGUGACGUCGCUCUCGGUACUUGGCGAAGGGCUCUGGGUCGGGGGCACCUCGGGAGUGGCACUGGUCGAGUUGGCCACGUUAAAAGUCGUCAAGCACCUGGAGCCACGGAAGUUUGUUUCAGGACUCCUGCAGUUCGAAGGCCACAUGAUUGUCGUGUAUGCCGAUGGCAGCAUGUGCAUCUUCGAUGGCCUGGGCGCUAUGAAGCACAAGCAGCCAGCACUGCCUGCUGGACCUGUGCUCUGCAUAGCCGGCUUGGAGUCGGGUCCAAGAGUUCUGUGUGGCCAUGCAAAAGGCCAAGUCAGCUCCAUAACCCUGCCCAACUUCAUCCUCAAGAAGUAUUGGCACGCCUUGGAAAGGUGCAAGGUUCAAACUCUCUGUUGCGCCGGCCACGAUGGCAUCUACGUCCUCGGAGCUGAGAAUGGCACACUUCAGCUGUGGCAGCGUGAUGGAUCAGUCGAUGCCCUUUGA